ACCACAAGUCUUUUCGGCUCGAAGAUGUUACCGCCUUAGGAGAUUUGUAAUCAUUGAAAUGGAUCAAAAAGUGCUGAAAUUUAUCCCUUGGAAUCGCGAAUAUCUUGAUUGCCAUAAACACAUGUGAAGUGUUGCUACAGAGUACGAAAUUAUAAGUCAUCAUGGCUGGUAUGCACUCUUUAGUUCAAUGCUAUUCGUCUAAAUUAUUAACUCCGCUAUGGAGUUGGGCUGUUAAUAACCCCUCUGAUGUGUCGGUUAUAAAUCAAACUGACAAAACAGGUAGUGGGCCAUCUGGCAAUGAUGACCUACUAUGGUAUUUUUCCCAAGUUAAAGGGACAAUGGAUGAUGAAGUGUCCGAACCUGAUAUUAUUUCCACUGUUGAGUUUAAUCAUGAUGGUGAACUACUAGCAACUGGCGACAAAGGUGGCAGAGUUGUUAUUUUUCAAAGAGAGCCUUCAAAUAAAGCAACAGGAAGUCGGAGCAGCGAGUAUAAUGUGUACAGCACAUUUCAAAGCCAUGAACCAGAGUUCGACUAUUUAAAGAGUUUAGAAAUUGAGGAAAAAAUCAACAAAAUACGUUGGUUGUCUCAACGUAACCAAGCUCACUUUCUACUCUCCACUAAUGAUAAAACAGUAAAGUUGUGGAAAGUAUCAGAGCGCGAAAAACAAGCGGUUGGAUUCAAUCUGCGUGACGAAGACGGCCAACUUUACAUGGGGGGUGUACGACCCAGGACCCUUGUUGUGCCCCACUACGAACCCAUGGAACUUAUGAUAGAGGCGUCACCCAAGAAGGUGUUCGCCAACGCCCAUAUGUACCACAUAAACUCAAUAUCAGUGAACAGCGACGAUGAAACGUACCUCUCCGCCGAUGACCUGCGGAUUAAUCUAUGGAACCUGGAAAUAACAGACAGAAGCUUCAAUAUUGUUGACAUCAAGCCAGAGAACAUGGAGAACCUCACUGAGGUGAUCACCGCUGCGGAAUAUCACCCAAAAGAAUGUCACACAUUCGUAUACAGCAGCAGUAAAGGAACAAUUCGUCUUUGUGACAUGCGUGAAUCUGCACUAUGUGAUCAACACGCCAAAAUUUUUGAGGAGCCAGAAGACCCUGCAAGUCGUUCUUUCUUUUCUGAAAUCAUUUCCUCAAUAAGUGACGUGAAGUUCAGCCACAGUGGUCGCUACAUGAUCACGAGAGAUUAUUUAUCAAUCAAUGUGUGGGACCUUAAUAUGGAGAACAAACCAGUGGAGUCUUUUCAGGUGCAUGAAUAUCUACGCAGCAAACUUUGUUCUCUGUAUGAGAAUGAUUGUAUCUUUGACAAGUUUGAAUGCUGUUGGAACGGAACAGACAGUGCAAUCAUGACCGGAUCCUACAACAACUUCUUCCGUGUGUUUGAUUGCAACUCCAAGAAAGAUGUGACGUUAGAAGCAUCACGAGAGAAUAGUCGACAACGAGCACAACUCAAGUCAAAGAAGGUUAGUCAAGGUGGUAAACGCAAGAAGGAUGAAGUAAGCGUUGACAGCCUUGAUUUCAACCGAAAGAUUCUUCACACUGCCUGGCACCCGAAAGACAAAAUCAUUGCUGUUGCUGCCACAAAUAAUUUGUACAUUUUUGACAGCAAUAACUCUGCACCACACCCUCGUUAAGCCGAAUUAUUUCGAUUUGCGGUAUUCACACCGUGCAUAGAGAAUUUACUUGACCUAAGCUACAUCGAGUAUUUAUUUCGGUAGAUCAUUAUACUUGAUUUGCACAUUUCAAAGUGAUAGAAAAAUUUAAGGAGAAUAUGAAGUGAUUGCUGCUGAAACUGCAGUUAGUGUGUGAGAAAUGUGGUUGUUACUGUUAAAACAGUGGCUCUAUUUGGUACGUGUUAUUAUACGUUCCAUUGGCCUAACUUUAUGCCGUGAAUUCUUUCAUUGCAUUAUUAUAAUCAGUGUUGCAAAUUCGCAGCAUCACCUGUCAUACUGUUAUGUGGAAUUUAUGUUUUAAUCUAAAUGGUUUGGGACCAAUGUUGAAAUUUACUUAAACGUAAUUACUGUUACACCAGUUUAAAGUACCUUACCAUUUGUACCAGCUGGUGCUGUUGAACUACUCUGCAAUUUUGUCUGCACCGUGUCCGUAUUCAAUAUAUUUUUGUUGCUUGAAGUUCAUUCACUUCAAUCAAAAAGUUCUGUAUCACAAUAUAUUCAUGCAUAUGUCUCAGAAAAAAUUCCAACCGUAUUCAAGUCUGAUAAAAAUAUAUGUUUGUUGAAUUGUGUGCUGUUUAAAGAGUUCCAAGUCUAACUUAGGCUGUUAAUUGAAUAGUAAUUCUGAAUUACACCUCGUCCUACCUCUAAAAAAUACAUUGGACAACCUUUAUUAAAUAUACGACUUCUAAUUUGGCCAUAUUUUUUUGUUCUAGCAAAAAGUGACAGAUUUUUUUACCACUGUAUGUUGUAUGAACUAUCUGCAGUUGCAACUCAAUUGCACUCUGCGCUUGGUAUCUUUGUGGUCACAUAACCUUGGAUACGAUUGUUCUGCGUAUGGCUUAAUCAAUAAACCUGUUUAAUUCCUUGCCACCAAUCGUUUUAAAGCUUAAAAUACACAGCACUAAAAUACA